GCUACCAACCUCCUCAUUGACUGGACCGACCCCCGCAUCCUCUUGCACGGCGGCGGCGAGAGGUACACAAACAAUGCCUGGAAUCACUUCUUCGAGCAGCCUGCAGGAGAGGGCCGCCCCGAGGGGUCCCUCGAGGCCGCAGAGGCCCAUGGCCGCCUCAAGAUAGUCGUUCGCUUCGGAAUGCCAUGGUUCAAGAAGUUUGGGGAGUUCCGUGGAGCAGAUGAAGGCAACGGCGAUGUCCAAGGAAUCCGAGGCGGUCGCCUGGAUGAGGCGGCGGCCUCGGCGGGCCGGGAGGCCGUGAGGCGGUGGAUUCGAGUCCGCCCGAGCAUUCGACAGCGCGUCGAAGCAUGGUGUGAUGCACAGAAUGAGGGCCUGGCUCUAUCGCUUGCGGUGCACAUCCGCCGCACAGACAAGCUCGAGCAGUGCAGUUCGAACCAAUGGUCGGAGAGCGAGUUGGCAAUGCAGAUCCGCGCGUUCUGUUCCAGCCUCGCGCUGCCCUGCGUGUUCCUAUGCAGUGACGAUGUAUCACUGAAAGGGCAGCUCGCAAGACAGCUUGGCCGCGACGGCCUGCGAGUCCUUAGCUUCGAAGCUCUGUUGUCUUCAGGUGGUCUCCCUUCACACAAAGAUGAGAAGCUCGACCGUCGGCAGAAUGCCGAGGAUGUGCUGGUGGAAGUGCUGAAUGUCUCGAUGCGCCGCGCUGCUGUCGACGUACAGCAACGUCAGUGUCGCAGCCAUUUACUUCUCCGAGCCCGGCUUCCCCUUCUUCAUGUUCGGCGACGCCCUCCCGAAAAACUCCGCGGCCGCGCCCGUCGCAUCCCACGGAGGCUUUCGAAGAUCUGGCGCCUGCUACUGCAGAGUGGCCUGCCGAGUUCGAGCCUGGCAGUCACGCAGGCGAAGAUGCAGCUGGCAGCCAGCGUUCGAGAGCGUAGCGAAAAAGAUGCAGCUUUCAACUUCAGCACUGAAGACUUCCACGAACAGCAGGCGAAGCCUUACGAUGCUAGCAGGGCGAGCUUGAAAUAUCUUGUCUGGACUGGCUGCAGGGAACAAGUCUAA